AAACUGAAACAUCUAGCCGAAUACCCAUUGCACACACUAGUCACCUGUUCCGCUUGCGUACCUCGCAUCCUGAUUGUUUUUCGGUUCUCUCCCUCCCCGCUUUCCUGUCUCUCUCUGUCUCUGUCGUCUUUUUAUGUGCAGAUUUUCUCCGGCUGCGUGAUCCGUGACAGUGAGUGCUUGUGCGUAGAACUCACCGCUUAUGAUUUGUCUGGACAAAUACGCGGUGUCUGUUUCCUGGGCACCAUCCAAUAUGACUCACUGAAAAAGUUCUACGAUUCCAAAGUGAGUGAAUUGUACAAUCGCCGUCGAUUGAGUACUGUGGGCCGCAGAACUUCUUCCCCACUGUCCCAUUCGUAUUCACUUUUCACUUCCAUUAUUAGUUCGGAAGCCACCAAGGGUUUUUGUACAUAUUUGAGUAGAAACCUCUUUCACCCCCACCCUGCCCCUCAAAACGGGCUUGUUUGCUAUCUAGAUUUCCCCUUUUCACUUUCUCGGUGUACAUUGUGA